AAGAUAUUUCCAAAACCGCGAUUUUAGAAAUCAUCGGCGGGCGCGCGAGGAGGUUCGAAUCGCCGCCAUGAAUCCAGCAGAUGAAACGGUGAUGGAAGUCGAAGGUGGAGGAGAGGGCGAGAUAUUCGCGGUGGGGAAGACAUACGCGGUGACGCUGACCACCGGAAUCGAGUUCAAGGGGAUCGUCGUGGCAUAUGAUCCUGAUCCAAACAUCGUCAUUUUCCAAGAAGGAACGAUGCCGGAGAAAGGAAACUCGAUGACUACACGGAUGGUGAAGACGAAUUUCAUAUCGAAGCUCAGUUUUAUGGCGAGAUUCAAGGAUCCGCUCGCUUCUAAAAAACGUGUGGUUGAUCUCAAUGGACUCGAAGCGAAAGAGGCAAACGCCAUUAGGGAAAUCGAGAGAAUUGGUGUUGGUGUUACCGCAGAGGCGCAGAGAAUCUUCAAUGCGUUGUCUAAGACGCUUCCUGUACAGUGGGUAAACAAAGACAUUCUGGUGAUGGGAGAAGUGCGUGUUUGUAGCCCUUACCAUGCUGAUUGUGUCACUGGAGGAACUACUGCUUCCCAGAAUCAAGUAAAGAGAGUGCUAAAGCUGGAGAGAGAGAAGUUGCAACUCGGUAGUGGCACAGGAGGCAAUUGAAGGAGUUUUUCGAUGAACACACAGCAAAAGGGUAAGCCGCUACUAUACCGAAGAAGUACUAGAGUUCAUGCCUUGUGUAAAUCUUUGCUACUUAGUUAGCAGAGAUCUGUAAAUCUGCUGCUUCAUGACUGAGUUAGUGUAUUGACAAGAACACAAAGAGGGUCGGUUCUCUCCUCUGUAUAGCAACUCCGAAUCGUCUGAACCAAAAUAGAGACAUACUUGUCGAUAAAAAGGCCAACACUUCAUGAAA